AUGGAAACGUUUAGAAGCCGUGACGGCUGGCAGCUCGAAACAUCAUGUUCACUGACGCGAGCAAAAGCUAUCCGUCGCCAGAACACGAUGGGUCACUCCCUUUUCGAUCUUGGUCUUCAAUUUAGACUUUCUGUGGAUAUCGCUGGAGGUCGUCUCAAAACCGUUAGCUUUCGUGUCACCGAUCCGACUGUUGAGUUGUCGAGCGGUGUGUUCGACGAACUUGAAGAGCAUGGAGACUCCUUCAAGUUGUCUGGAAAUGCCGUUGACAAUGCGGAAAACUUAUCAAAUGGCAAGGAGCUCUUCUCGAUCGAACAUCUUUCGGAUUUAUGCAUUGAAACCAACAAUUGUCUUCUGAAAUAUAAUAAUUUAUCAGGUGGAGAGAGUCGAAUGUUAACGAUAGCAUUACGAGGACUGUCGGUCACCAAAGAUAGCGGGAAGACUCAAACACGUGUAGUGGGGUUGUCAGUUGAAGAUCAGCGCCAGCGACUAGCUUUACGGACAAGUCUUCUCGUUCUAUCACAUGAGAAACGGGUCACAGGAGUGUUUGUGCAAGUUAUUUCGGAUAGUGUUCAGACUUCUCUUUCUAUGCAGGAUGUCGCAUUUUGGAAACUUCACGUUGAUUCUGUUCUUCCUGUGAUAAGGAAAAUUGUAGGGCAGUCACCACCAGUUGCUCCUUCGACACCACCUCGUAUUCCUGUCACAUUCUCUGUAGAAGUGGCGUCUAUUUUUUGUGAUCUCGUGGAUGCCGAUGCAUUCCAGUCAUCUUUAUCUGUGCAAUUUUUUGAGUAUCACAAA